AUGCCUCCCCCUGUCACCCCGCAGAACCUGCUGCUGGACCGGCGCCGCGGGUGCGUCAAGGUGGCGGACUUUGGGCUGGCGCGCACCAUCACGCCGCCGCUCAGGCCAUACACGCACGAGGCGAGUGGCUGUGGGCUCCCUGGGGUGGUCACCCUGCUGUACCGCGCCCCCGAGAUCCUGCUGGGCGCCGCCCUCUACUCGCAGCCGGUUGACGUCUGGUCCCUGGGCUGCGUCAUGGCGGAGCUGGCCACCGGCGAGCCUCUCUUCCGCGGGGACAGCGAGAUCGGGCAGCUUCUGGCCAUCUUCCAGGUGCUGGGCACCCCCGGCGAGGCCGACUGGCCGGGCGUCAGCGCCCUGCCCGACUGGCAGGGCUGCUUCCCGCAGUGGCGGCCCCGCGACUUGGCA